GAAGACGAUAUAGCGACGAAGGCACCGGAGAGUGAUGCUGCUGAGGGAAGUGUCUUCCCUGGAGACACCCCAGCUCAAGAGGGUCCAAGUAUGGGUGAGCAUUGCACGAUGGACCGACCAACUCCUGCCGGAGAGGCCCCCACUGGCGAGUUCUCAAAGCUCGGAGACGUAGAUGUCUAUAUAGCCAAGCCGAGCGAUUAUCCACAUUCGCCCUCUAAGCUCUUGUUGAUGCUUACUGGAGGAACUGGCAUCAAAUCCACAAACAACCAGCUCCAGGCCGACAAAUAUGCGUCCGAAGGCUUCCUCGUUAUCAUGCCUGACCAGUUCGGCGGCGACCCAGCACCCAACUCAUCUACAGAGAUUCCCGCCGAAUCCAACCCAUCAUUCCUUGAACAAGUAAAACUUGGGUUCGCAGAGGGCGCAAAAGCAUUCUUGAUUGACAUGUGGCUGGCAAGACAUACUCCAGAGAAGGUACUCCCAAUUCUUCACAAGGUCGUAGGUGCUGCAAAAGAGGAAUUCGCGGACGCAGUCGCGAAUGGCAACGGAAUAUACGGUGUGGGAUACUGCUUUGGUGCCAAAUAUAUCCUGUUGCUAGGCGCAGAGGUUGCGGAUACUGGCGCAGCCAAGGCCGACGAGGAGCAAGGAAACAUGAAGCAGCCGCCUGUGCUCAAGGCUGGUGCUAUUGCUCAUGGCACUCUUGUGACUCAGGAAGAUAUCGAAGGGCUGAAAGUCCCAACAUAUGUCGUUGCGAUCGAGAACGACCCAUUGUUCCCUGACGAGAUUCGAAAGGAGGGCGUCAAGACGCUGGAAACCAACAAGAUUGAGCACGAGGUAAAGCUGUACUCAGGCGUGCCACAUGGCUUCGCAGUACUUGGUGACUACGAUGACGCAAAGAUCAAGAGCUCGCAAACUCAAGCAUACUCUGAAAUGCUUGGAUGGUUACAGGCUCAUUGAUCGUACGUGGAUGAUCUUCCUUCCGUCUCGUGUGAGCGCGAAUUAGCGUUUCCGUAGCUUUAUACCUUGCUCAAAAUCUCAUUAUCGUGAUCAGCCGAAUUCUAGCUGUGAUGAU